GCAGGCCUCGAUGCUGCUCGGCUGCUUUGUCCUCGCCGCAACAGAAUACUUCCUCAGCUCGGUCUACAUGAUCCCUGAUGACAGUCUGUACGCCAAUAAGGUCAUCACCUCAACUACAGCUUUGUCUCAAGACCUCGAAGUAGCCUCACCCCCUGUUGUUAUUGUAGAGCUACCGAAAUCAACAAGGAAGAACAAGAUAACAAAGAAACAAAAAAAGAACAAACUUACUGCAAAAAAGCGUCCUCCUCCUCCUGCUAACUGCAUUGCUGUUUGGGAAAGCUGCAAAUCUCCAGGCAAUGUUUGUUGUGAUUACUGUGCUCACUGCCAGUGUCGGCUCUUCAGAACUGUCUGCUACUGCCGAAUUGGAAACCCCCGCUGCUGAACCACCAGCUCACCAGAACAAAACUUCGUGUUAAGCCAAACCACUUAGCACUGAGAGAGGUGGAUCUGUUCUCAACUACAGUUCAUUAUUUUACCUAAAAUUCACUGCACUUCCUCUUACCAUAGUCUACAUCCCCUCAAAAUUUCAUGUGAAUCUGCCCAGGCGUUUUUGAGUUAUCUUGCUGACAGACAGAUGGACGGACAGACAGACAGACAGAUGCCGGGUGUCACAUAACCUCUUUGGCGGAGGUAAUUACCACAAUUAGGACUAAGUCUCUGCCACCAGACAACCAAUUCAAAAUUAUGUUUUAUACAACUUCAUUUCAUUUUUCACUUUGACGACAAUGCAAUUUCACUUUGAAAAAAGCACAAUUUGUUACUAAUAACAUCUUAUAAAAGGAAGCCAGUUUAGAAAAUGGAAGCUUAAACAAGAGACCAGACUUUCACCCAGAAAACUGGGACUCAUUCUGUGAUAGAUAGAUGAUGAUAGACCAUCAGUCUCUGUUUUCCCUUGUUCAUUUUCAGUUUGCAUUUGCUUUCUGGUAGGUUGAGUAUCAAACUAUGUAGCUAUGUUGUCAUUAUAGAUGGAAAACAGCUAAUUUAAAAGUUUUUUGGGAGUUUCCAGAGGCAGCAAUUUAGGCUGUAUUUCCCUGAUUUGCAAAAAGUAGCCUGAAAUUACAAUUACAUGCAAAUAAGAUGCAGCUAGUGUGACUCCAGAAUGUAUUCCACAUCUUCAAACAUAAACAAUAAAUGGUGGGAAAAAAAAAGAAAAAGUGGACACAAAUGAAUGAAAUGAUAUGGAGUAAUCAAAGCAGCAUCAUGAUAAGAGCUGGUAAGAUUCUCUCAAUGCUAAGAAAAGGCGCUUCAAUACAUCCUUUGUUUUUGCCUUUAGCUGGACCAUCCUUUAUGAGAGGAAAGGAAAUCAUGUCAUUAUAAUAAGGUAGUGUCUACGGAUACGUGUCCGUAUCCGUAGCCCACAGGCUACGGGUACGGGUCCGUACCUCUAGCAACAACCUUAUAAUAAACAAUGCACUGAGGCUUAAAACCAUUGCAAGAUUACUCCGCCUAGUGUAACUGCAGUCAAUUUCUAUUCAUCAUACAUCCACUACCAGUCAAGAAUUUGGGCACAUCUUCUUAUUUAAUGGUUUUUCUUCAUUUUAUGACUGUUUACAUUGUAGAUUCUACUGUUUUGCACACUCUUGGCAUUGUCUCACUGAGCUUCAUGAGGUAGUCUCCUGAAAUGGUUUUCACUUCACAGGUGUGCCUUAUCAAGGUGAAUUUGUGGAAUUUUUUUUGUCUUCUUUAUGGGGUUGGGACCAUCAGUUGUGUUGUGCAGAAAUCAGGUUGGCACACAGUUGACGGCCCUAUUUGACAACUGUUAGAAUCCAUAUUAUGGCAAGAACCAAUUGGCAAAGUCAAGAGAAACAACAGUCCAUCAUUACUUUAAGAACUGAAGGUCAGUCAGUCCGGAAAAUUGCAAAAUCUUUGAAUGCACCCCCAAGUGCAGUCACAAAAACCAUCAGGCGCUACAAUGACACGGUCUCACAUGAGGACCGCCCCAGGAAAGGAGAACCAAGAGUCACCUCUGCUGCUGAGGAGAAGUUCAUCUGAGUCACCAGCCUCAGAAAUCGCAAGUUAACAGCACCUCAGAUUAGAGCCCAGAUAAAUUCCACACAGAGUUCUAGUAGCAGACACAUCUCUACAUCAACUGUUCAGAGGAGACUGAACCAAUCAGGCCUUUAUGGUCAAAUAGCUGCUAAGAAACCACUACUAAGGAAAAGCAACAAGCAGAAGAGAUUUGUUUGGGCCAAGAAACACAAGAAAUGGAUGUUAGACCAGUGGAAAUCUGUGCUUACUCCAGUCUGUGUAAGGGCUAUUUGACCAAGAAGGAGAGUGAUGGAGUGCUGCGUCAGAUGAUCUGGCCUCCACGGUCCCUUGAUCUAAAUCCAAUCCAGAUGGUUUGGGAUGAGAUGGGCCACAUAGUGAAGGCAAAAGGGCCAACAAGAGCUCAGCAUCUCUGGGCACUCCUUCAAGACUGUUGGAAAACCAUUUCAGGUGACUACCUCAUCAAGCUCACUGAGAGAAUGCCAAGAGUGUGCAAAGCAGCAAUCAAAGCAAAGGGUGGCUAUUUUAAAGAAUCUAAAAUAUAAAACAUGUUAUGACUUACACUACUAAUCAAAAGUUUGGACACACCUUCUCAUUCAAUGCUUUUAUUGUUUUUGUAUUGUUCUCUACAUUGUAGAUUAAUACUGCAGAUGAACACUUUUUUGUUUACAACAUAAUUCAAUAUGUAUUCUUUUACAGUCUUGAAGUCUUCAGUAUUAAUGUACAGUGCAUAGUGUUCAAACUUUUGACUGGUUGUAUAUGUCUUUUAUGUCCUCGUGAACUUGUCUUCACAUCUUCGCUUAACUUCUUGAUGUUUUUCAUCAAAGAAAAACAUUAAUUUUUUUUGGUUUAUUAAUUAGUUUUAAAAUUAUUUGUAGUCACUAGAGCUCAGUGGUGCAGUGGAAUAGAGUUAUUAGUACCUUGGUGGAUUCCUCUCAAGAUGAAGAAGAAAAAUGUGCUGGAUAUUCACCUUGCAAAAAAAUAUGUCAUUGAACCUCCUCUUAAUAAAACAAAAUGGACAAUAAAGAGUCUGGGUGUCCAGGAAGCAUUUUUUUCUUUCAACCUGCCCAUCAUUUGUUAUCUCGCUUAAUCUGUUCAUGAUUCCUUUCUCACCAUCUGUCUUCUGUUACUGUGGAAAGUAAA